AUGGGUUGUAUCGAGAGUAGGGAGGCGAAAGCGGCUGCCGCUCGGUCGAAAGUGAUCGACAAGACGCUCAAAGCAGACCGGGAGCAAUCUUGCAGACAAGCAAAAUUGCUCCUUUUAGGUGCCGGUGAAUCUGGCAAGAGCACUAUCGUUAAACAGAUGAAAAUAAUCCAUCAAGACGGAUAUUCCAAAGAAGAAUGCUUAAAGUAUAAACCUGUCGUAUUCAGCAAUACAGUGCAAAGCAUGGCUGCGAUACUUCGGGCUAUGGAACAAUUAGGGAUAUAUUUCGCGAGCGAUGAACGUUCGAGCUUACUGAUUUGCCGAUCGUUCUAUCGGGUACCGCUGUUGGACGUUCUCGUGAAUUUCAAAACAAGGUUUACAUUCAAGGGACUAGAUAUAAAAAUGUUUGACGUUGGUGGGCAACGUACCGAGCGGAAAAAGUGGAUACAUUGUUUUGAAGGAGUCACUGCCAUCAUUUUUGUUGUCGCAAUCAGUGAAUAUGAUCUCACUCUAGCAGAGGACCAAGAGGUGGUGAGUAACAUUUGCAAACAAAAAGCCUUGAAAAAGAUCACGAAAACUAAUGGGUUAAAAUAA